UCGGUACCGGGCGGCGGCUGAUCCGCGGGGCUCGGAGGAACUUGGCCGAAGUUCGGCGGCGGGGGCGGGCGUGGGGCGGGGAGGGGACAGGUUCCCGGUGCCGGGGCGAAUCCCGUGGACGCCGCGGGAACCGGCCGGUCCCCGCCGCCGGGGCGCGGGAUGCGGCUGCCCCGGCGCCGCCGCACCGCGGCCGCCCCCAACUUUCCCCGCUGACGGCGCCCGGGGCCGCGGGCGAUGGUGAGGGCUGGCCGCCCGCCCGCCGCCGCCCGCCGCCCGCCCGCCGCCCCCGGCCGGCCCCAGGGCUCCGCUGGCCGCCGCCGCCGCCCCGCCGCCCCCUGAAGCGGCCGGAGCCGCGCCCGCCGCUGGCCGGGACGAUGGUGCGCUGGGAGGCGGCCGCGCUGCUCGCCGCGCUCGUCGGUGUCUGCGUCUGGACCGACGAGACCGGGAAAGUUAUCUCGGAUCGGUACGCUGUCUACUGGAACCGAAGCAACCCCAGGUUUCACCGCGGGGACUAUACGGUGGAGGUGAGCAUCAACGACUACCUGGACAUCUACUGCCCGCACUACGAGGAGCCGCUGCCCGAGCGGAUGGAGCGUUACAUCCUCUACAUGGUCAACUACGAGGGGCACGCGUCCUGCGACUACCGGCAGAGAGGCUUCAAGCGCUGGGAGUGCAACCGGCCCGACUCCCCCAACGGGCCCCUCAAGUUCUCGGAGAAGUUCCAGCUCUUCACCCCCUUCUCGCUGGGCUUCGAGUUCAGACCCGGCCACGAGUACUAUUACAUCUCCGCCUCCCCCCCCAACAUGGUGGACAGGCCCUGCCUGAAGCUGAAGGUUUAUGUUCGGCCAACAAACGAUUCCCUCUACGAGUCCCCAGAGCCAAUUUUCACCAGCAACAACUCCUGCUGCAGCCUCAGGGUCCCACACACCGUGCUCGUGGUGGUGCCGGUCGUCUGGACGCUCCUGGCCUCGUAGUGCCAAUGCCGACGUUCCGGGGAGCGGCUCCGUGGGGAAGGAGCAGCCUGGGAACGGAUCCCGACCGCCCCGAAUCACGUUCGAGCCGUGGCUCCUGCGCCAGCGGGACGGCGUCCGGGGGAGGUCGCCAACGUGGAGGGUCAGCGCUGCCGGCAAGAAGCUUGCCCGGAUCCUGCCGCCGUGUGAAGUCACCAUCCUCGCACGGCCGCCUGCGCCAGGGCAUUGCGCUGGGAAAGGUGAAGGGCUGCCCCGCGGGACGGAUCCCGGCUGCGCACCCUGAAGGCUCCCGUCCCUGCGCUGCGGCUCACUGGGCUCCAGCCCAUCCCGUCGGAUGUCGCUUUUUACAUUUCUAGACCAAAUAUAGAGUCCUCGUUGGGUUUUUUUUUGUUUUUUGGUUUUAUUUUCUUUUUUUUUAAAGAAAAAAUAUUUUUAUUUUUAUUUGUCAAGUUGUUUCAGUCCGGGCUUCCCUGUGUCAGACUGACCCGCACGGGGCCGGGCUCAGCCCCCUCCUGCAGAGCCCCUCGCCAGGGUGGCUGCAGCACCCUGCCUUCGCCCGGCCACGGGCAGAUCCGCGGGCGGCACCGGGAGAGACAGACGCCAGCGAUGGUGCCAACGGCUCCGUUGUCCCAGACUCCUUCUCAGCCCGGCCCUCACCCCGGCAGCAGGACGUCGCGGCGCCAGCCCCGCUGCGCUUCCCCUGCCACGCCCGUGCCGCGGAGGCGCGGGGACAGGGGGCCCGGACGGACGUGAGCCCCCGCUGAUCACCCACUGGGGUGACCCUGUCCCCACCGUUCCUGCCAUGGAUGUCACCGCUGUCCCCACGGGAACCCGAGGCGGCUCCGCAGGCAGCAAAGCAAACCGGACAUACCCGAGGGGAGCACCGGGGAUCCCGGCUGUUGCCAGGAGCACUGGGGAUGGCUGAUCAGCAUGGGGCGCCCCGGCUGGUGCCGGGAACGCUGGGGAUGCCCGGACGCAUGUGGAGUACCGCCGGGCGCUGGGAGCUGGCGGGCCGGGCUCGCCCGGCAGCUGGGAUCGCUCUGAGGCAUUUGGCUGGAGCUGGGGCUGGAGUCCCCGUCCUCAGCAGGGCUGAUCUCGCUGGGACAGGAGGAGCGUGCCGGCCGCCCACGGGGCAGGUUUUCCUUCUCCGCAGCCUUCUGCUUUGCACCGCGCCCCCCCCCCCCCCCGAUGCCUUGAAGGUGCGAAAGCCCCCCCCCCGAGGGGGCCACCAGCCGCGUGCGGGACCAUCGCGGCGCUCCCACGCUUGCCCCUUUGUCCCCCGUCUGCUGCCAGUGUCCCCGGGGCUCCGGGCUGGGCUUGGGGAUCUUUUCCCUUUCCUUCUUUGCAUUAAUAAGAAAAACCCGCCCAAGCCCCUGAUCCGAGGUUGGCCCUGACCCCAGGGGCGGCAGGUCCCCAAGGAGGGGUCCCUCCCCUGCAGCGACCCCUCCUCGCCUUAAAUCUGGGGCUGUCCCACCCUGGGGGGGGGCCCGCAGAGCCUCCCCACACUCCAGGGGGGUCAGCGGUCCCGGGGGAUGACGGCGAUGGGCUCAGACCCGGCCAAAGCCCCUUCUGCAGGCGCCUUUUCCAAGCGCACCCCAGACCCUUCCGGCAGCGGGGGGGGGGGGGGCCGGUGGGGGCUCCAUCCCUGUACAUACAGCGCUAUACUGUGAGCGGUUUUUUUUAUGUAUUGUUGAGAAUGAAUUUUAUGGAAGGGUUUAUUUUAUUUUUAUUUUAUUUUUAUUUUUUAGACUAGGAAGCUGAAAUCUCGCAAUAAGCUCAUCUCGACCAUCCAAAAAAUACAAAAAAAAAAAAACCAAACCACCAAACCAAGAAAACCACCCAAUAAAAAAAUUGCAUUCCCUCCUGUCCCGUCCCUGUGUGUCCAGACCAGGUCGUGGUUCUCGAAGGCGAGUGAAAGCACUGUGUUUAUCCAGGGAAUGAGGGAGGGCACCCACCCAGCCGGGUGCUGAGCACCCACCAGGCUCCGGCAAGGAGCCGGCAGCACCUGCCCGCCGUCACGGUGCCGGCUCUUGGGGGAGCGGCGACUGCAAAACCUGGCCUUCGGUCUGUGUUUUAUAUAUAUAUAGAUUAUAUAUAUAAAUAUCUAUAUUGUGUACAGCGACUGUGGGAGAGUGGAAGGGCGGCUGCGGCAGCGGGGCUGGCAGGGGCAGGCAGGGGCGGGCAGCCGAGGCGAGGGGGUGGUGAGGGCUGGGGGUGCUUUGCUGUGGCCAGGCUGUCCCUCGGGAGCAGCCCAUCGUCGGCGCUGGUUCUGCGUGUUGGUCUCCAUUCCGCCUAGCUUCGUCCUUAGACAACGCCGCUUUCGUCCUCGACGUCGUGCUGAUGGUAACCGGAUCACCGCCCCAUUUGGAUUCUGUAUUUUUUUAUAAUAAAAUAAAAAUAAAUGUCG